GCAGUAGCGACAUCUAUACUUCUGAAUGAGUUAUUUAUUUUACUAUUAAUUUUUCAUCAAAUUCUACUGAUUUUUAUCACUAUUUAUUCUAUGAAUUGAAUAGAUACAGUUAAAUAUUAUCUGACAAUAUAUAAUACAUAGAAGCAUUUAUAUAAUAACAACGAUUCGGGAAGAUUUUCUAGAAUUUUGUCAUGCCGGCCAAUACUAUUACUACAGUCGUAAGCUUUAAGAAGCAAUUUCGUGCAGAAAUCCUAAAUAAAUUUACAACUCUAGCUGUUGGCUAUUUAGAUGGCGAUAAUAGGGAGGUUUUAGUGACUUGUGGAGAAGAUGGCGUUCUUCAUGUAUAUACUAUAGAUAAUAGUACGGAUAGUGAUCAGUGCUUAAAAAAAAUAAAAACUUUGGAUUCGAAGUGCUCUUCCAUACAAUGUAUAUGUAUAGCUGAAGUAACAAGAUUUGGUUCGAAUGACCUAAUUGUUGCAGAUUCAAAAGGUCAUAUUGUUGUUUUCUUUAAAGAACAGAUAGUUUGUCGAAAGAAGGUAUCUGAUUAUCCACUAUCAAGUUUAGCUGUGUAUAAUAAACCAAAUGGAAUGGUAGUUAUUGUUGCUGCAGAUAUAGAAGGAAUGAUAGUUGCCUUUAAUCCAUAUAUUGAAUUUUGGAAAUUUCAUAUAUCUAAUAUACCUAUUCCAAAGGGUCCAAGUUCUCUUGUUAAGAUUCUUGCUAUUCAUAUAGCACACUUGAAAAUGUCUGAAAAUACAGUUGAUUACAUUCUAAUAUCCGAUACAGCAAGACAAUUAUUAUUUUUAAGAAAUGGAAAACUUGUUCAUAAGAUAAUUCUUCCAUUUUGUGCAACUGCUAUAUCAUCUGGUUAUUAUCAAAAAUCUUCAACGAAUACAGAAAUUGCUAUUGCUAGCGAAAAUGGUUCCAUUCAUUUAUUAAAUAAUACCGAAAUUAUAUUAAACGAUUAUGCCAAUUUAAAUGUCCCUGUGAAAAAGAUGAAAACUAUUCGCGUAACUCAUUGUAAAGAUACAGUAGACACAUUAAUUUGUACAGGAAAUUUUGAUUCCGUAUUUGGUGUUAGGGAUGGCACGGUUUCGCAAUAUGAAACAACCGAUUGGAUUGAAAAUACCAGUAUAACAGAUAGUUCAUCCUUAUAUUUAGGAUCCAAGGAUAAUAGUCUUUUCUCAAUUAAAUUAGAUUUGGAUUCUUAA